AUGGUGCACACCUGCGAGCUGUCCAGGCGAUGGCGGCACCUCUGGGCCAAGGUCCCGCGCCUCGACAUCGACCAGCACGAGUUCACCGACGCGGUCGCCGGCUACAAGAAGUUCGGCGACUUCGUGCACUUCCUGCUGCAGAAGGUCUCCAUCGCCCUCCUCGACGAACUCCGGCUGCACGUACACAGCGGCUACAUCUUGGGGAGCGCCGACGACGACAAUGCAUCGGCGUGGAUCCGUCGCGCCAUAAUGUCCAGCGCCCAGGAGCCCCAGCGUGAGGGAGUGCUGAACUCCGGCUCUUGGCGGCUCAAGACGCUGCACCUCUCGAACCUGCGUCAUCUGGAUGAACUUUUCGCCGAGCACGUUAGGUCACGGUGCCCGUCCCUGGAGCAUCUGGAGCUGAGGGUUUGUACUUGUCAGUUCCAUGCCAUCGCCUCCGGCUCACUGAAGAGCCUGGCCUUGAAAUGUUGCACGGGCAAAGGAUUCUACGAGAUCACGUCGCCCACGCUGAGGAGCUUGGUUGUUGAGCGUGGCGACAACGACUCCAUCAUCACUUCUCCGUUCGUCGUCACGGCCCCGGCUCUUGCUUGCCUGUCCCUGGACAUCUCGCCUUACAACUUCCCAGGUGGCGUUUCCUUCGGUGAGAUGGCAUCCCUUGCCAGGGCAUCGAUCCAUCUGUUGACGCAUCGUGAAACACUAGCAAAGGAAAAACAUCUCAGAGACCACCUGUUCAAGACUCUUCGCAGCGUGUCGAACGCGGCUAGUUUGGAGCUAUCAGGCUUCGACAUUACGGUGGAAGCAGGUGAAGAAUCCACGGCAUUCCCAGAAUUCAACAACCUAAGGAACCUAGAAUUGAACAAAUGUGGUCUUUGCGAUGAUCUCCAAGUAUCAGGACGCAUUCUUCGGAAUUCACCCAACUUGGAGAAGCUCACUUUACAUUUGUCCCCGAGUUGGAAGGUGCUAGUUGGGGAACCCCUUUCGUCAUAUCCAGAAUUCAAGAACAUAAGGGUCUUGAUACUGCACAACUAUGAUCCCAGUGAUGAUUUCCAGACAUUAUUGGGAUGCUUUCUUCGGAGUUCACCUAUAUUGGAGAAGCUUACUCUGCGGUGUUGCAAGUUCUUAAACGAUACAAAGAAAAGGAGAGGAACCUCCAAGAUGAAGAACGUUGUUGUCGAAAACCUCGUGGAUGUCCGGUGCGAGAACCUCAAGCAUACUGAAAUCAUAUAUAAAGAUGAUGAUGUCCGGCAACUUGUCGAGUUUUUGCUGCUCUUCUCAAGGAAUCUACCGAAUAAUAACAUAAGGCUCACCAAGGUUGACUAG